CCUGCUCCAUGAAGAGGAGGAGCGACUCCUUGUUGUUCUCCCACUCGACAGGAAGUUCAGUGGCGUGAGGAAACUUGUCGCAGGAAAGCUCCACCGUCACCUCCAAGCAGUUGGUGUGCAGGAGGAAGACAAAUUCCCGACAGCCCCCGCCAGCGCACCUCUUAUAGAGCUCGUGCACGUGACGUCACCGUUUUCACGGCGCCGUAUUGCCGGUCAAAAGGAGCUGCUCGACAUCGAACCGGAAGAGAAUAUUUCCAAUACCCAGACCUGUAUCGCGGUUGGUUGUCGCAACAGACGAGACCGAUCUUCCAAGAGGUCAUUCUAUGGAACAGCAGCUGAAAAGAUCGACGGAUUCCGCCGGUGAAACGUGCCUGUGUACCGAUUGGUUCGUUUCAGUAAAGGCUUCUUCCAGGAAGCGGCCUUUUUCCAGCCCGUGGAAGUGCAGUACUUGUUCCCACUAUGGAUAAUGACACGGUCACAGCAGCUGCAGCCGGCAUCUUCACAAGAUGAACGAAAGAAAGUGAACGAAAUGGUCGCUACGUGACCAUCCGAACCGCUUCCUCUUCUCCCCCCAAAAGUAUUAUUAUUAUUAUUAUUAUUAUUUUUUUUUUAAAUAUUUAAUCUGUGGGGAUGGCUCGACUAGAAGAGCUGGCGAACGUGGCCCUAAGGGUGCCGUGCAUCCUCGUGCUGGACAUGCUAUACAAAUAUGAUAUUGUGGCCUUAACGGAGCACCUCAGGGCCAAAAACGAACACAUGUUCUGCAAGUACCGAUGGGUCAUCUGCGACAUGUUCUACAUUGGUCAGCUGUUGAUCAGCGUGUUGCUGGUGCUGCCUCUGAGACACAUCGUGAGCGUCUACCUCCACGUUCUGGCCGCCAUGCUGCUCUUCGUGGGACACCAACUCUCAAAGGAGUACGUCCUGGGGGAGCUGCAGGCCCGGCGCCAGGGGGCGCUCUCCGACGACCUCGGUGCCUUCGAAAGAUUCCUUUGGGCGCUGAUACCUCAGCUCAUCCUGAGCACACUUUGCGCGUUCCUGAUGAAAACGCGCAAAGUGUGGCUCUUCUCGGCGCCAACGCUCCCCCUGCUGGCCCGCCUAGGAACCCCCGACGCGUCCGACCUCCUGGCCGUCUCCGGCUUCGCCGCGACGCUCUCCGAGGUCGCCGUCGGCCUCUUCCUGCUCUUUGGGCUCUACCGCCUCACCAAGGCGGCGCUGUCAUUCAAGAUGGAGGUGGUGGCGCUGUCCCGCCUGCUGGCGCUGGGUAUCUCCCUGUGGAGCCAGCUUGCCGUGCCGGUCCUCUUCAGCGUCUUCUGGUCGGUCCUGUUCGCAGUCCACCUGUGCUCCAACGUGGGGUCCGGCGCCGCCCAUCAGGGUGUCCUGUUCUUCCUCCUCACAGGCGUUACCGAAUGCUGCGCCACGCCGUACUCCCUGUUGGGUCUGACCUUCGUGGUGUCCUACUCGGCUCUGGGCCUGCUCAACCUCUGCAAGUUGUGCCUGGGGGGCUACGACGCCGUGCGCAACGACAACGUCAUGCAAAGGGGGGUGACGGAAGGCGUGACGCUGCUGCUGCUCGCCCUGCAGACGGGCCUGCUGGGCAUGCAGAGCAUGCAGCGGACCUUCCUGCUCAGCAUCAUCCUCUUCAUCGUGGCCACGUCCACGCUCCAGUCCAUGGGCGAGCUCACCCACCCGGUCGUCCUGGCCCUGGCCGCCUCCCGCAACAGGAGCGUGUGCAAGCACUUGCGGGGGCUCAGCAUGUGUCUCCUUCUGCUGGUCUUCCCGGUGUUCAUGGCCUAUAAGAUCUCACAGUUCUUCCACAUGGACUUCUGGCUCCUCAUUUUGGUGGCCGGUUGCAUGCUGACCUCCCUCCAGGUCACGGGCACGCUGUUCAUCUACGCCCUCUUCAUGGCGGAGCUGUUCCGCGGCGAGCCGGUGGAGAACCUGGACGAGGUCAUCUACUGGGUGAACGCCGUGAGCCGGGCGCUGGAGUUCGCGGUGGCGCUGUGCGUGGUGGCGUACGGCGCCUGGGAAUCGCUGCUGGGCGAGUGGAGCUGGAUGGGCGCCUCGGUCAUCGUCAUCCACUCGUACUGCAACGUGUGGCUGCGGGCGCAGUCGGCUUGGCGCAGCUUCCUCCUGCGGCUGGAGGCGGUCAAGAAGAUCAACUCGCUGCCUCGCGCCACGCCGCGGCAGCUGCGGCGCCACGACGACGUCUGUGCCAUCUGCUUCCUGGAGAUGAAGUCGGCAGUGGUCACGUCCUGCGAGCAUUUGUUUCACGCCAACUGCCUGAGCAAGUGGCUCCACGUGCAGGGGACGUGCCCCAUGUGCCACCAGACGAUCCCGCCCAAAAGCCAGGACACGGACGCCGCAGCCCCUUUGGAGGAAAACGUCGACCCGGAGGAGGGUCCCGAUGACGCCCCGGACCAGGAGACUUGACUUGUGACUUUUUUUCCUUUCCGUUUUUCACAAACCGGGGAGGAAAUUUUCUUUUCUCGUUGCCCGUUUGACUGACGCUGAAACCCGACUGCGGCGCGCAGAACUGCGAACGGCGCAGUGCGCUCGUCGUUGAUUGGUCACAUGCUGACACGCAAACGGAAAAACUGAUUUUUUUUGUUUUGUU